AUCCUCACAAUUUCUAAAUAACUCUGUCCAUCGCAGUACGCACUACAAGCAGCAAACAACACCACUUUUCUCUUCACGCCAGUAUAGCAAACUCAAGGCAUACUUCUUCGUCACUCGAACGCAAGCCAGAAGCUUAUUCUACUCUAUCCAACAUCAUCCCAAAUUCAAAAUGUUGUUCACCCCCCUCAAGGUUGCUGUUGCUAUCUACGCCAUCGGCACUACCGCUACUGAGCUCACAUGCUGGCCGAAAAACGAUUUUAAAGGUCCUAUUAGUGGUACCUACAACCUCAACUCUGGUUGGCAGAAUGCCCGAAACUGCCAGUCUGCGAGAUGGAGCACUGGCACCAACAACCCCAACUGCAUUUGGAUCAAAGGCUCCAGUGGGCAGAAAUCAUGGAGCGCGCGAACCAAUAACUUUCCCACCGACAUCUUCAAGGAUAUUGGAUACGACUCGCAGGUCAGAGAAGCUGCUUGUUAAGAGUCAGUUAGGCGAUCAGAAAGAUUUUCUAGUCAAUCCAUUGCCAUCGAGCUAAAUAGAAGCUUGAAGGCGAGAAACUAGAUUGGGAAAUGUAGGAGAUGUUCAAGAGCAGGAGCUAGUGCUAGAUACCAAAUGAAGUCUGUCGUUACAAAUAGGACGGUGACAAAUA